AUGCUAUUUGAUAAUAAUAAUGACGAAAAAGCUCCUUUAUUAUCAUUGGAUGAAGACGAAGACUUGGAAGCAGCAGGUGAUGAUGCAGAAGCUUUAAUGAAAAAGAACGAAGUGAUUCGAUCUGCUAUCGAGAAAAUAAAAAAAGUUACAGAGGAACAAGAAAAAGAAUUACGUUACAAAGAGGAAGAACUUCAAGAAUUAUAUGAAACAUUUGCUGAAUUAAACAAUAAUGACAUGAUUUACAACAAUAAUAAUGAAAUCCAAUCAUCCACACCAUCAUCCUCAUCAUCCUCAUCCUCAUCGCCAUCUUCAUCAUCCACCUUAUCAUCCACAUGCUCGUCAUUGUCACCUGUAAUUAAUCGAUUAAAGAAAGUAUUAGAAGCCAACGACCAGGAAUUACAACAAGUUAUCCAAAACCAAAAUCGGCAAUCUGUUUCUCUUUCCGAAUUAAAGACUAAUUCUAAUCCUACGAAACCAAAUGGAAACAAUUACACUCUUUAUGUGGGAUUAAUUAUUGGGGGAGUUGCUUUGGCAACACUGGCUCUAAUUUUAAAUAGUAAAAAAAAACCUUCUGCUAAGAAAAAUUAA